CCCCGAAAUCUCAGGGUUUUGGGACGCGUCAGGGGUUUAAGGCGCAGCUCUUUCUUAGUAGUAGUGGGUACGACUCAGAGGCACCGAUUUUGCUUGCAAAAUUUAGGGUUUUAGCUCCUUGGCGGCUAGGGUUUUGAUAAAGUUUGCUUCUUUAUUCCUCGAUAUAAAAAGGGUUUUGUAAACUCUGUGUGAUCAUCCCCAAUUCCAAUUUGGGUUUUUGCUUUUACCCACAAUUCUCAUCCGGGUUUUCUUGAUUAGUCUCAUUGCCCCCCAAUUCAAUCCUGGUUUGAAGUUUUAUUGUUAAAGCUUGGUUCUUUGCAGAAUUGGGUGUUGUUGAUUAGACCCUGCUUGUUGUUUUGAUCAUCAUCUGAGGCAAGGUUUGACUAGUUUCUGAGAUAUGAAUUUUUCUGAUCAAACAUCGUUUAUGCCGGUCCAAUCACUUUAUGUUGGAGGCAGUGAUGCUGUUAAUUGCUGGCCUCCUUUCCCUAUGAACAAUGAAGAUCACCAUUCUCAGUUUGAGCAGCAAGCUCCACCCUUUAAGAGACCUCGGAAUUCCGAAGAACCCCAAUCGAAUCCGAUGCCAUACCCGCCUAUGAACAACUCUAGACUGCACCCACCGAAUGCUCCGGUUAAUAGAGGAGCAAACAACAUUUUUUACAAGACUCGUCUGUGUGCAAAUUUUAAGAAUGGUUCCUGUAGGAAUGGUGAGAAUUGCAACUAUGCACAUGGCAUUGAAGACAUUCGCCAGCCGCCUCCCAAUUGGCAAGAGCUUGUCACAGUGCGCGACGAGGACAGGCCACUAACUGGUAAUUGGGAGGAUGAUCAGAAGAUAAUUCACAGGAUGAAGCUGUGCAAGAAGUUUAAUAACGGCGAGGAGUGUCCUUAUGGAGAUAGGUGUAACUUUCUUCAUGAAGAACCGGCAAAGUUUAGGGAGGAUUCGGGUAGGUAUAGGGAGAAUGCAGCAAUCAGCAUUGGGACUACAGGAGCACCAAUGACACAAGUGAGUAGCACUAAUCAUUCCGAGGAUAAUAGGCCUGUGAACACUGGUAUGGAUGCAUUUCGAGUAAACAUGAAGCCUUAUUGGAAGACUAAGAUAUGUAAUAAGUGGGAGCAAACGGGAAAAUGUCCAUUUGGUGAGAAGUGUCACUUUGCUCAUGGGCAAGCAGAGUUACAAGUGCCUGGGGUGCGGGUUGAAGCAGAAGUGAUGACAAGUGCUCCCAUUUCAACGAAACCACAAACUGUUCCCGCUAAUGAUCCAUCUACAAUUGCAAUGGCAGCAAUUCCUGCUGCUGUAAACGAAGAAGUUCAGGGUAAGAAGUGCGGAUUUAAAUGGAGAGGAUCCAAGAAGAUCAAUCAAAUCAAUCGCAUAUAUGGUGACUGGCUUGAUGAUGUCCCGCUGGUGGAGAGCUAAGUUCGAGUUCAAGGUCUUAUGCUGCUGCCGAGUUUUGAAAUAUUUGUGGUCCAGGAAGAUUUGUUGUUUUCAAUAUUUGGUCCCUGUUGGUUGUGGAUGAGGUCAAUAGGUUUUAUGUUUCUUAUUCUGGUUCCCUAGUGUGUCAUAGUAUCUUGUUGCAAAACUAGCAAUUGUUUUACAACAUCAAAUAAGAGAGUUUCUUGAUUAUGGUAAAUGUGAUUGUACUGUGCCAAAUCAGCAAUAAAAUAUCUAUAUUUUUUA